CAAGUGCUGGGAUUAAAGGCGUAUGACACCACCGCCCAGCAUCUGAUACCAUCUUUGCUGUCCUCCUUCCAGAACCCCAAGACAGCUGGGCUUCGACCAAUGGAAAAAAAGGACAUUCCAGUAGUGCACCAGCUGCUCACCAGGUACUUGAAGCAGUUCCACCUCACACCAGUCAUGAGCCAGGAGGAGGUAGAGCAUUGGUUCUAUCCCCAGGAGAACAUCAUUGACACUUUUGUGGUUGAGAAUGCAAAUGGGGAGGUGACUGAUUUCCUGAGCUUUUAUACGCUGCCAUCCACCAUCAUGAACCAUCCAACCCACAAGAGUCUAAAAGCUGCUUACUCCUUCUACAACGUCCACACCCAGACCCCUCUUCUAGACCUGAUGAGCGACGCCCUUGUUCUAGCCAAAAUGGUGAGCAGUAGACCAGAUGGUCUUGGGAGACUCAAAGGGAGGGCUUUUGGUGGUAGUGAGCACAGCUCAAGAGUUUGCUGCUGCUGGGCUGGUGGUGGCGGUGGCGGCAGCGGCGGCAGCGGUGCACGCCUUUAAU